CGCUCCUCCCGUCCUCCCCCAAAACCCCCCCUCCCCACCAUCCAGUCUCCUUCUCUCUCUCCACAUCUCGGGACAAGAAAGCCAUCGAAUCCGAGAUCGCCGGGCGGGGAGUGAGGUAAGCGGGAGCCCAUGUCUGGGAAGAUGCUGGGGAAGCGGCAGAGGAGCCAGGGGACCAUGCACCGGACGACCAGCAUGGCGUCGGUGCCGGCGGCGGCGAAGCAGGGGCGGCGCCAUGUGGUGGAAGGGCCACCACGGGCGCCGCCCGCCUCCCUGCUCGCUGGAGGAGGCCCCGCCACCGCCGCCGCCGCCGACCACGGCGGAGUCGAGACGGCGGCGUUCUUGAAGAACUGCGCCCUGUGCGGCCGCGACCUCGGCCCUGGCAAGGACACCUACAUCUACAGAGGGGAGGUGGCAUUCUGCAGCAAGGAGUGCAGGGAGUGUGUGAUCGAGUACUACGAGCGCAAGGAGCGCAAUUGCUCCCUCACUUCCAUCAAGGACACCCCGGCUGUCUCCGGCGCCAGCGGCUCCGACCAGUCCGGCGCCAGCGGCAGUGAGACCGUCGCCGCCGCUUAGCCGGCCGCCGGCUGCAGGAGGAGGGGGGCGAGGGAGUGUCUCCGGAGGUCUUGGCUCGUCCCUGCAGAUAGGAACAACAAACACCAUCAAAUCCAUUCGCUUCAGCCUAGCUUAGACUGUGCAGGGCGUGUGCCAUGUGGUACAUGUCAUGUUACAGGCUUUUGUAAAUACAGCUUAGCUAUUAGCUCGCUCAGAUGAAUGUGCCGGGCGGUCGUAACUGAUGAUGAUGAUGAAUCAUGGUUUCCUUUCAUGUGUAAAGGAGAACACCAUCACCUGAACUUGGGGUGAUUGCAACAGCAGAUUGCACAAAUCUUCUCUCUCUUUUGUGGUGAUCACCCUUUCUGCUCUUAA